AGAUAAGCGUCCCCCAGUCCAUGAGGGGGCCUCUGGAGUGACCAAUGAGUGUGGACAGUCACCAAGGUCUGCUCCCCCCUUCCCCUUUAUAACCAAGGCUGCCAGGGUGCUGAGUCCAAACCUGCUCUGAGCAGUCACUGCGAGGGGACAGAGCCAGCACCUCCUGCACAAUGACGCUGACCCAAGCCGAGAAAGCCGCUGUGGUCACCAUCUGGGCCAAGGUGGCCACACAAGCUGAUGCCAUUGGGGCAGAAUCACUGGAGAGGCUUUUCCUCAGCUACCCCCAGACAAAAACCUACUUCCCUCACUUCGAUCUGAGCCAAGGCUCAGCUCAGCUCCGUGGCCACGGCUCCAAGGUCAUGAAUGCCAUCGGGGAAGCUGUGAAGCACAUUGAUGACAUCCGAGGGGCUUUGGCCAAGCUCAGCGAGCUGCACGCUUACAUCCUCAGGGUGGACCCCGUGAACUUCAAGCUGCUUUCCCAUUGUAUCCUGUGCUCCGUGGCUGCCCGCUAUCCCAGUGACUUCACCCCAGAAGUUCAUGCUGCGUGGGACAAGUUCCUGUCCAGUGUUUCCUCUGUUCUGACAGAGAAGUACAGAUAAAUUACCCCCCAUAGGGGGUAAGGGAGGCCCACCCACAGCCCAGCCCUGCUGCCAGGCUCUGGGGUAUCACCCCUUCCUGGGCAGCUUUGCAGUCUUCUGCAAAACCCAAUAAAUAAUUCAAAUGUGAGCUAUGGUCUCUGUGUUUUCAUCUUGAUGUGUUCUGUCCCACACCUGACUGUUCAGGCAGGGGUGCUCUGAAAUGUCUACACAAUAUGGAGGGGGAAAUACUAAACUUUAUAAACUCAUGUACUAAUUCAUAUACUAAUAAACUCAAACUAAUCCAUGUGCCAAUUCACUGGGGAUAACAUAACAUUCAGAGUGAGCUACAUAGCAGUGAGCAGAAGUCCAGAACGGGCUGGAGCCCUGUGACUGCAGCUGCUCACCAAGGUAUAUCCACCACAGUCUGUUUCCAGACUGACCAGGAAAGAGUCUUUUACCCUGCUAGGACAUUGAAUGGCUUUUUCCUUGACCUAUCCAAAACCCAUCCCAGCCUGUUGGGAGCCAAACCUGCAUUGCAAUGCAGGUCAUUCUCCUCUCAUGCCUUUCUCCAUGGGGUAUGGAUGUGGUAUCUCAU